AUGGACGCCUCCGCCCUCCUCACCAAGCAGGGCUGGCGCGGCACUGGUCACGGUCUCGGAAGCACCGGCCACGGCAUUGCAAGACCGCUGCUCAUCUCCAACAAGCAGGAUGCGCUCGGCGUCGGCAAGAAGAAGCUCCAGGUGGCGGACCAGUGGUGGAUGCGCGCAUAUGACGCGGGUCUGAAGGAGCUGGGCACAGGCAAGCAGACCGCGCUCUCGUCGGUCAGACAAAAUGGCAUGAAUAGAGGCGGCCUAUAUGGCUUCUUUGUGAGAGGUGAGGGCCUGGCAGGCACCAUCUCGGAUACCUCCAGCAGUACGUCGUCGCCGUCGGACAGCUCUACGCCCGCGACCACGCCAGAAGCCGAAUCGACGCCUGAGCCGAAGAACUCCGAGAAGAAGCGCAAGCGAGCUGAGGGAGACGACGGGAAGCGGAAGAAGAGGAAAGAGGGCAGCGUCACACAAAGCAAGGAGAAGUCGAAAAAGGGCCGCCGUUCGAAACAGGGCUCUGCUGAUGAGGCGGCACCUGAUGCUGCCACUGAAGAUCCUAAACUACUGCGUCGUGCCGCAAAGAAGGCGCUAAGGCAACAGAGGGCUCUGAGGGACGCCGCGAGCAACCAGGUUAGCGAGGACGAGAAAAAGAACGAGGGGUCGGAGACUCCCGCAAGCGAAACAACCAAAGCCAGCAAAGGAAAGGACAAGCGAAAAAGAGAAGGCAAGGGUACAGACUCCCAAAGGGAGGCUGAGAAGAAACUGAAGAAGUAUGCCGCGAAGGCUGCCGAGAAGGGGAUGACGGUCGAAGCAUAUCUCGCAAAAAAGGAACGCAAGAAGGAAAAGGCCAAAAAAUGA